AACUUUUCGCCCUCGUCCCUCUCUCUUCUCUUCCCAAUCAAUCCAUCCUCCCCCGUGCCCUCCCAUCUCGCACAGCUUCCAAUUCGCCUGGGCUUUUCUCCCACAUGGCACACGCAGCACCGUCUUCGCCUCCAUGACGCGGAGCUCGCUCCACCGCUGCUCGUUGCUUGUGCGCGCCCAAGAAAGAUGCUCCUCUUCCUGAUCCGCCAUGGCGAGACGGUCGACAACGUGGCGGGCAUCUACGCCGGAUCGCGCGACUCGGGGCUGACGUCGCACGGCGUGCUGCAGAUCCGCCGCCUGGCCGCGCACCUCGCUGAACGGCCGGCUUCGAUCAAGUUCAUCUACUCGUCCGACCUCCAGCGCGCCGUCAAGACGGCCGACGCCAUUGCGGCCGAGCAGAAGCGCGUCUGCUCGCGGGACAUUCCCGUCGUCGAGUUCCCUGAGCUGCGCGAAAAGGACUUUGGGAGCGACGAGGGCCUCAAGUUUGGCGACUCGCGCGGCCGUGCGCCGGAUUCGGAGACGGCCGAGUCGAUGAAGGCGCGCGUCGACGCCUUUCUUGAUCGGCAUCUGCUGCCGCUCGUCAGCUCCCAGCCCGAUGAGUCGGCGGCGUGUGCCAUCGUCUCCCACGGCAUCAUCCUCGGCGUCCUCUACCGCGAGCUCUGCGCCCGCGUCAGCCGAGGCGGCAUCACUGUCGACCCCAAUCCCAGUGCCGCCAGCUCGCUCAUAUCCCCUCCGUUCUGGGAUAACACCGGCUUCCUCGAAUGCACCGUUUCAAUCAACAGUGCAGGCGCAGACGAGGACAAGUCGCUGCCGCUCAAGUUGCAUGUCCAGCGAGUCAAUUGCACCGUCCACCUCAAGGACUUGAAAAAGACUCGAGGAGGCAUUGGCAGCGCUGCGUAUGACGAAAAGCAGCGCACACUGACGUCCUUCUUCGUGCCGGGGUCGAAGAAGCGAAAAAGUCACGAUAUGAGUGCUGGCUAA